GUCAGUCAUGGUGACAGGGUGAGGAGGAGCGGACGGUUCGGGAGGCGGGAGGAGAUUGUGAGCACAGGGGUAUCAGAAGGGGAGGAUUUGCAGAUGGAAAACUCAAACCAAACAUCACAUCAAGAUCUAACAGAGUCACCCGAUUCAUAAGGACCUGAAUAUCAUUGGUCUUUGAAUGUGGAAGGAGAAACAUUUCUCUGUUCUGUCUGAGAGAAAAUAUUUCAAACAUCUGUGUGACUGGAAAAUCACCGAGAGAGAGAGAGAGAGAUACGCCCAAGUGAGAGUGUUCUAGUGCACUGACUGCAGAACCCAACCUGAAAAAACAUCAACCAUUCACAGCGGGGAGAGACUGUGCAGGUAUUCUGUGUGUGGGUGAGGAUUCAACUGAUCUUCUGGAGAGACACAAGAACACCCACGCCAUGGAGAAACCGUGGAAAUGUAAGGACUGUGGGAAAGGAUUCAGUUAUCGAUCCCAACUGGAAAACCAUCGACGCAGUCACACUGGGGAAAGGCCGUUCAUCUGCUCCGUGUGUGGCAAGGGAUUUUCUCAGUCUUUCUGCCUCCAGUCACACCAGCGAGCUCACACUGAGGAGAGACCAUUCAGCUGCACUGACUGUGGGAAGAGGUUCAGGUGUUCAUCCAACCUCACUGCACAUCAGCGAAUCCACACUGGGGAGAGACCAUUCACCUGCUCCAUGUGUGGGAAGGGCUUCACUCAGUCAACUACUCUGCUGACACACCAGCGAGUUCACACCGGUGAGAGACCAUUCACCUGCUCUGUGUGUGAGAAGGGAUUCACUAAUUCAUCCCAGUUGCUGAAACACCAAAGAGUUCACACUGGGGAGAGGCCAUUCACCUGCUCUGAGUGUGGGAAGGCAUUCGCUCAGUUAAACAACAUGCUGAGACAUCAGCGAAGUCACACUGGGGUGAGGCCAUUCAUAUGCUCUGUAUGUGGGAAUGGGUUCACUCACUCAUGUAACCUGCUGACACACCAGCGUAUUCACAGCGGGGAGAGACCGUACACCUGCUCCAUGUGUGGGAAGGGAUUCACUCGGUCCUCUCACCUGCUCACACACCAGCGAGUUCACACUGGGGAGAGGCCGUUCACCUGCUCCGUGUGUGGGAAGGGAUUCACUCAAUCACAGCACCUGCUCACACACCAACGAGUUCAUAAGUGAUUACAGGGAUUGGAUUCUGCUGUUAUUGAUGCUGUUACUCACAUCCAGGACUGAUAGUCUGACAAUAUUUAGUUUGUUCCUUCUAAUGUUAACUGACUGGAGUUUAAUAUUUUGGAUCUGUCGCUGAUUUUCGGGGCUGCAGUGUCCCCUUUUAAAUGCACCAUCCGUGAUCUUUCCCCUUAAUUCAAGAACUCUUGACAGAAGUUAGUUUACAAUCGUUAGGGGAGAAUAUAGGGGUACAUUAAGAACUUAUUGAAAGGGAAAGGACUACUUAAAAUAUCCAAGCAGCCAGUGCCUGCAAGUACAGUUAAAGGCCAGGCUGGACAGAGAGGAAUCUGAGCCUUGCACACCCUCAGAGCCUGUGACCAUCAGCAAGGCCAGGCUGAACACAGAGGAAUGCAAAAAUGAUAGAUUGGGUGUCUUAGGACUCAGACCGGAGCCUUAGGUUGAAAAACAACAAAGAUUGGGUCUGUUUAUAGCAGAUAGGGAAAGAACAGAUGGUCCUAGUUGAGAUAGGAGGGAAGGUCUCUGCCGGGGGUGAAAGUAGGGACAGAUAAUGCCUGUACCUUGGUACCUUUGUUACUAGAGAGAUGUCUGUUUCAUGUAAACCUAUAUGUUGACGAGAUCAGAAUCUGGAAACUGUUCUUGUACCGUGAUCAAUAAUGUAUAAAUAUGGUGAACACUUGUAGUUUAGCAGAGUACUGUCUCAAGCUGUAUUGAGAGGGUGCUCUCCUUGCAAUUGCACAAAUAAACGAUAGUGACCUGUACCUGAGACUCCUGUGGUCCGUUUGCCAAAGUGACCACAACAGUUUGGCAUGGUCAGCAGGAUACUUGGAUCGUAUCCUCGGGACAGCUCUGCAAAGUGGGUGAGUAUAUUUCAUUUACCACCCAUAGUUAGUGCAGUAAGCCCACCCGAGAACAGUCCGGUCAACUAUCAUAGAAUCGGGAGGAGGACUCAGGACAGGAGAUAGGAGGCACCAGGAUAGGAGGCGGAGCUGUGCAGGCGGGCUCGCGGUGCCAAAGCUGCGCAGGAAGGCCAGACCGCUACCAAAAAGAGGAGGCAGAGCCGUGCUGGCGGGUUACGGUUUGAAAUAUAACCAUAACCGAAGCCGCGCAGGCAGGCCAGACCCCAGUGAAAUAAGUGAAACCGCGCAUACCACAAGAAACCAAGUUGUUAGGGCCACGCGCGAAUGUACUGCACAAAGAUAGAUGGGAAUAAGAACAGAAUACCAUCAGGGAAACAGAAUAGUGCUAUGGAACUCAACUGGGGAACCGCGGACUCCAUUACGAGGUCCAUAGCAGAGCAACGGUCAAAAUUAAUCAAGAAAAUGUGGAAGGAUGGGUGGGACCCUGAAGGUCCGCUAUUGAAUUUUCCGUAACUUAAAAAAAAAAUGAAUUGAUCUAAGUUACAAGAGCUGCUUGUGCUGAAGGGAGAGAGAAAAAAGCAAGGGGGUACCCCUCGGGGGGUUAAUAAGCACUGACAGGCAGUAGCAGGGAAAAUGUGAGCUUCCAUCAGUUUGAUGGUCCCUAUAGGUGGAGCCUUCAAGAUCCCUUUAUAUCCCCCACUGCUAUUUGAAGUUUUGUUUAGAAUAUGAGAAUUUUAAGUCGUUAAGGAUACGGGAAUAUAAAUACAUACCCCUAAAUAUAUAUUUGUUUGUGUGCAAGGAAGCCUUCGUAUGUGAGCUUUAAUGUGUUUUCUUCCGUAAAUUGACAUCUGUUUGUGUAGUUCAGCACUUAAGGGUUGAAAGCCCCAUGUUAGAUUAGAGGAAAAGUGUACUAAAACUUUCCAAAGUUUUGAGUAUAGGGUUUGAGUUGAGAUUUCUGGCAAAAAAAAUCACAAUUUGAAGGUAUCAUAAAGCUAAACAGAGUCAGAUGAACCAACCUUUGUACCACCCCCUUGCAGACUAGUAUCAGCAGCUUCCAAGCUGAUUGGGAUUGAUACAUACGAGUUGCAUUAACUCAUACGAGUUGGUAUUCUGAGGGGAAAAUUACCUGAGGUUCAAGGGAUUCUCAGAAAACCAAAAGACAUAAACACACGGGCUAAGUGGCUCCAAUGGAUAAAAAGGGGUUUCUUUUGAAGAGGUGAAUUAAAUAUGAAAGGAGGUCUGCAACCCAAGAGCACUGUUAUUUGAAGUUGGGACAAGGCUUGAGGUGUAAAGUGCAGUGUAGUUUAGAAGAUUACUUUUGAAUCGCUAGGAUGCUAUCUAAGAUAAAGAAUGUGUCGAUAAACAUACGGAAAUUAGAACUUGGAUACAAAUCAAUACACACAAGAAACAGGCAGUUUUAAUUUUGAUAUCAUAAAUUACAUUUCAUACAAAGGUUAAAAUUUGAGGUUUGGUUCCUGAUAAUUUCUCAAAAGGGAAU